UUCUUACUGAAUCAUGUUUGAGUGAUCCAAUAGUCUCUUGUCAUGGUUUCUUUCGCCAUGGUGGAGCGUUGGGUUCCAAAAACAAAUUCUGAAAUUACCAGAUGUAUGUGUUAGUGAUAUUGUACCCCAUCAACUUAUAGACUUCAUGAUGGGUAGUUUGUGUAGAGAAGUCGUCACUCUUCAGCUUGGACACUAUUCUAACUUCGUCGGCACACAUUGGUGGAAUUUACAGGAUGCCUCGCUUACCUACGACCCAGACACGCCUCCAGGCGAGUUACAGAAUGAUGUUCUAUUCAGAGAGGGGCAAACUCUUGGGGGUCAGAUGACCUACACUCCCCGUCUUAUUGCCAUGGACCUCAAAGGUAGUCUUCAGACGCUGAGACAGGAAGGUUGUCUCUAUGAAACUGGGAAGGAUCUCACUGCUCUCACAUGGGAGGGCAAUGUAAUGAUGCACAAAGCGAGCCCCACAGCAAAGAACCCCUUUCUCUUAGACCUGGACAAGCUAGAUAAGGGGGAGCAAUUGUCUGGGGUCGAUUUUGAACAAAUUCCAGUGCCUCACUGUUCGGUUUCUGUGGAGACUAUAAACAGCCGCCUGGAGCGUGCUCAGAAAGGCUACCAGCUCGAGGGCAGUGUGCGGGUGUGGUCGGACUUCCUGAGGAUCCACCUGCACCCCCGCACAAUCUCUGUAAUCCACAAGUACAACCACGACGGGGAGACACACCUUCUGGAGGCGUUCGGCCAGGGGGAGGCUCUGCUUCAGGGCACCGUGCUGGAGGAAUUGGAAGACAGACUCCACUUCUUCAUAGAGGAGUGUGACUACCUACAGGGAUUCCAGGUGAUGUGUGACCUGGCUGAUGGCUUCUCAGGCCUGGGUUCAAAGGUGACAGAGAUGCUGCAGGACUCGUAUGGAGGACGGGGCAUCCUAACCUGGGGGCUUGCACCUGUUAGUCACCCAGACACGACCCCCAUGAAGGAGCUCUACCACCUGUUCAACUACUCUUUAGGCAUGGUCCACCUGGCCAAGAACAGCUCCUUCUUCUGCCCUUUGACCCUGAAGGGAGGGCUGGCCAGACAGCCACCUGCCCCCCCAUUUUUCCCCCACCUCAACUAUGAUUCCACCCUGUGGUACCACUCCAGUUCUGUACUGGCUCUGGCCCUGGAUGCCCUGACUGUUCCCUACAGGCUGAGGCACAACAGCAUCCCCAUGUGGGAAUUCGCCGACACGCUGACAGUGUCCGGGAGAAAGGUGGUGGCUGCCUAUGGAGCCCUCCCCUUUCCUAUGGCACAGGGCAGCUCUCUUCCUGACGCGCUGGGUGCCUGCGCGGCCACGUUGCCAUGGAAACCGUUGUCGACCUGUCCGGAGCUAGGCGACGGCCGCUGUUUUGGCCAGUCAGUAACCCUCAGGGGUUUAGAGGGCCAGAGUCUGGUCAGCCAGCAGAGACUAGGGAUGCAGCCCCCCACCACACUGCAUAGCCUUGACUGUGGGGAAGAUGUGCUGAGCUCCUACAUCAAUGGCCACUACCCUGCUACCCCAUUUUCAGUCCAUCUUGUGUCCAGCCCCAGUAAGCUGACCCCGCCUUUCCCACAAAUAUUCAGCCAAACCCUUGGCCCCCAGGGCUUUCUGCAGGAUCAGGCCCCUCCCCUCAAUACACUGUCCCCUUUAGUCUCCUCCAUUCCAGUCCUCACCUCCCUGCAGUCGUCUCCGGCCCUCGGCCCUUGGCUGUCGGAGCUGCAGCGCGGAGCCAGCACCAUGGACCCCCGCCGUGUGGCCCCCAGUUUCCUCUCCCAGGGUCCAGAGUUGUCUGACUUCCAGGAGUCCCUGGAGCAACUCCGCCUCCUGGCCGGCUGUUACCGCGACGACUGUGAUGGAACGCUGCGGUCCUCCUCGGAAGAGGACGACGACAGUUGAUGACAGGGAUUGACUGACCCCAUGUGAUUUUUUUUUUCUCCCACUAUCUUUCCUCUGCAUUGUUAGCUCAGAAUGAUUCUGCAAAUGCCACUGGGUCUAAGUUUACUGUGACGGGCACUGACAGACUCAUCGGCCCGCACUGUAAAGUCAGUCACCUGUGGAAAUGAACGCAUUCACGUGCAUUCAGUGAGACUUCAAAUGGAUUGCGAACUCUGUUUUGACAGAAUGGACUUGCUGUUUGAGAUGGUGUCAGAACGGUUAUUGGGAAAGGACAGCCUUUAUACAGCCAUUUGUCUAUCAAAAGUUCUCAUGUGUUUCCCCAAAUAUAUGCACAAAAAAAAGUGUGGCUUGGCGAUUUUGUAGACACCUACAAUCUGCAGUCAUUUAUGUAUAACCCAAGCUGUGUAAGCUGUUCUGUCAUGUCUAAUCUGAAAAUGGCUGUUUCCUUAACAAUAUCAUACUAUUAACCACAAACUCUCUCUCACUCACUCACUCACUCACUCUCACACACCCACCCACACACACAUGCCUUAACAAGGGGAAGCUGACAGGCUUACCCAAAACAUUUGUUUCCUUUUUCACCAUAUUACAAAAGAUUAAGAGAAGCAAGAUAUCCAUUUUUUCAUAGUGAACCAGACUUAUUGGUAUCUCUUUUUAGGUGUCUGGCAUCUGCAAAUAACCACAAUUUACUGUCUAAAGACAGCUGUCCUACAGGUUUCUCUUAAAUCCCUUUUGACUAUGGAGCACCUCAACUCUUCCAGGACCUCCACCUUGGACCCAACCUUCCAGGAUUCAGGCCGGCUGACAUCGAGUGUCAUCCUGGGUAUGUGCUGUGUAUUGGGUCUCCCUGCUAAUAUAGCUGUCCUGGUGGUCAUCCUGCGCCGCUCCCCCCGACGCCUCAACUUCACUCUAUACCUUAUGCUGAACCUGGCGUCCUCUGACAUCCUGUGCCUGACCACUGUGCCCGUGUGGAUAUAUACGGUCCUGCAUGGCUGGACUUUGGGCCGUGUCAUUUGUAAGCUAGCCACCUUCCUGCUCUACCUCAGCUUGUAUGCUAACGUGCUAACCGUCACUCUACUCGGCAUCCAGCGCUACAUUCAGGUGCUCUACACACAGAUGUGGAGUCGUCUGGGGAGCAAGGGAGAGGUAGCACUGCUCCUGGCCAUUUGGGUGCUUGCCUGUGUCCUUACCUCCUCUGCCGUGGCCACUCGUGACGUGGGCGAGGGCGAGCAAAAAUGUGAGCGAAAAACCAGGUCAGAUGCUGAAAGAAUAGCGGUCCUUCUCUUGGAGACCCUUCUGGGGUUUGUCGUUCCGUUUUCAGCGCUUAUGGUGUCCUACUGCUGUCUUCACCGGCGUGUAAACCAGACGGCACUGUUCAGCAACACCAAGUUAACAUGGCUGGUCACCAGUGUGGUGGUCGCCUUCUUCAUCUUCUGGAUCCCUGUGCACAUCGUCAACGUUGUGGAUAUUGUCGGCAUCGCGCUACGGGAUUCCUGGCCGAAGGCUUCUGAAAGGUUACUUCGCUACAGGAGCACAGCAGCGCGUGUCGUCCGGAGCUUCACGUUCAUCAACAGCUGCCUGGAUCCCUUCCUGUAUGCCUUUGCCUCACGGAGGAUCAGGGAGAAGCCCAAGGCCCUGUCCGACAAGGGAGAAAGCAGAAUGCAGAGCACAAUGAUCUGACAUGUCUGAAGCUAUGCUCUGCAGCCAAAAUGGAGUGACACCUGCCACACUUGUCAAAUCUGACCAUUACCCAUUAACAUAAAAAAUUUGCUUUACAAAAAUAAAUUAUAUUAAUUGAUGUUUGGGGUGCUUUUAAAAAAAAUAAUUGUUUAGAGCAGGCAAAUAUGAAUUAAGUCACCCCGUUACUGUGCCAUCAACAAAAAAAUUGGUUACGAACUGGUUAUUAAUAGCCUAUACUGUCUAGGUAUCCAUGAAAAGACCUGUUUAGAUUGGUUCUUUUGGUGAUGUCAUCAAGCUUGACUUCCAUUCGGUUAAGCUUAAAUUGUGUUGUUUCUGUCAACUUUAAUCAUGCAUUAUUAAAUAUAUUUUUGUUAAUAUGUAGGGGAGAGCGGGGUAUGUUGUCACACGGGUAAGUUGUCACACUGUUCAUACCUCCAACACUUGAGGUGCUCUCUCAAAAAUUAAAUAGCUACUUCGUGUGACUACGAGUUCUAUGGUCAACUUCCUGUUCACAAAUGAUCAAGAUCACUAAUCUGAGCACAAGUUUCUUAUUUUUCCCCUUUAAAAGUAAAAAUUUGCCAUUUUAAAUUUUAUGCAAGGAAACCUUGUUAGGUAUGAAUGUAGAAAAGUAUAAUUUUGCACUGAGUAGAGGAGACACAUCUUUAGAUACUUUAUCUGCAGUCUUACAUUGAGUUAAACAUGAGAUUUAGCCAACAUUAACACACGUCAGUUUGGGGCAAGUUGUCUCAAUGACCUUGGGGCAAGUUUGAACAUGUGACAACUUGCCCCGGUAUACAUAGACACAGAACAUGCUCAAAAAACAUUGUAAUACCUAUUAAUCAGCUCUGAUAAUAUUAUUAGAUGUUACUGUAAAUGAAUUAUUAUAUAUACAUAUAGUUUAAAGUAGCUGAUAUAUCCCUGGACUAGCCUACACAAGACAGGCUGUGGUGUGUUUGUGUGUGUGUGUGUCUACUAAACACUACUUGUCUACUCUAUGAGACAGUAUAUCCACACACACUAUUUCAUAAAGUGUCAUUAAUUUAGUGAGGUGUUAUGAAUUGCAUUGUGGAAACAAGGAUAGUAGACAUGGUGGAGGGUGUAAUAAGCCUGUAAUGAAUAUGCAAUUGCAAUGAGGAAAUGUGUUUUGGAAGGAAGGAAGAAAGAAAGGAAAAAAAGUGGGGAAGGAAAGAUUGUACAAAAUUAUAAAAGAAAGACGGAGAAUGACAGCACACCACCAGACAAUGUUAAAGGCCAUGAGGCAGGUGAAGUUGCUAUGACAGCAUUAGUGUUUUGAUUGUCAGGCAUGAUUUGCCAGAUUCUCUAGGCAUGAUUGUUUUCAUUUUGUGUUCUUUAAUGAAGUUAAAUUUGGUUUGAAUUUUAAAUCAAUAUUGACAAUUAGUUGUUCUUAUUUGUUGAUAAUCCAAUGUGACAACUUACCUGCUGAAGGGGCAAAUUGUCCCAAGUCCACACUCUGUAUUUAAGUCUACAACUGCAUACUGAAAUAAGAUAUGAGGUAAUGAAUACAAAAUGUGCCCAAGACUUCCUUCUUUCAUUUGGUAUGACAUUUAUAGCAUUGUGAUGUAUUGUACCCUGUAAAUGUAACACAGUGUGAAAAGUGUGACAACAUACCCCGCUCUCCCCUACAUUUUAUGUCUGUUACAAACAUACUUAUGCUUUGGUUCAGAUGAUGUUCAACUUCCUGUUAUCUUUGAGUAUUUCAUAAUACAUGAGAACUUGUGAGCUCAUUUAGCCAAUGUGUAUUUAGCCUAUAUUUGAAAAUGUAGUGUUUAUAUUGUGUGUUUCUAUCCUGUUAUCACAGUCAGGCGUCAGCUGGUAGGUUAAUCUACCGCAGGAUCGGCUUUACAUGUGUAUUUGUCACUUCUUAAGUUGUCAUCCCGCGGGUGGGGAGGCUUGCACCCCAACCUGGUGCCACCACGCUACACCAUUGAAUGGGGCUAUCCGAUUGUUAACGUUUGUAUACAUUUGGAGUAUUGCCAAGAACGGCGGUCAUAUGUGUUGCGAAGCAUAGCACCGAGUUUGCUCCCGGUGUGCGGCCGGGCAAACGAUCUGUGUCAAUAGAGAUGUUGCCUCCACUCAAUGUUUCUUUAAUCACCAAUGAUCACACAAAAAUAAUGUAUGCUGCCUUUGUUGAAUGAAAUGCAUUCCUCACAUGCUUGACUUGUAGUGGUAUACGUUCACAGCCUACAAAAAAUAACACACUAGCGAGUAACAUUUUGGUGGGACAUACCAUAAAACACAUCAGAUAAAUAAAAAUGAUUUGACACAA